AUGCUGGGUGAAAUUCUCGCAGAAGCAACGUCCCUGCCAAUUUCGAUGAACAUAUCUGUACUGCAGAACCUAUUCAACGAAAGUCAUCAUACUGAUGUUCAGUCGCGGGCAGUCUCAGCUGUUCUGUCUCUCUUUGACAAAGUGUUUGACACAAAGGUGAUACUCAGCGUUAUCGCCGGAUUUGCCUUCCAAGCUGCAGGGCCUGGAGAAGUAGAGCCGACCAGUGAGGCAGACUGGGUAAAUGCGGAGAACGGGGGUAAACUUCCAACUGUUGCGAUGACAGAUGAACGUCCCUCCCUUAACCUGUUCGUUAAGGACACGUACUAUAAGCUUCCUGAGGAACAUAGGGCAGAGUACGUAGAGAAGAUUCUGCCCCCGUUGGUGGACAAGUCGACCCGUCAGCACAACCGUUGGAUGAAGGCCUUUGUCAGCCGUAAUGUCGCGGACAUAAGUCUACUCAAGACCUUCGACUUUGGACCGUUCCACAUUAAAAUCAUUGACGAUAUCCUGGAUAAGUGGCAAGAGUACCUUCCAGCAUCCUUCCUCCUCCGCCACCGCGGCUAUGCACUAUCCUACAUUCGUCAACCGGAGCUAGACAGACUCACCGAAGCGAUCGCGAAGCAGGAGCCUGAAUAUAGACAAACAAACGCAGGGAAACACUGGAGUCAAUACAUGGACUUCUGUCGAAGCUCGGAGCCAUUUGAGAAAUUACAGGCAUUUCUUGAUGAAAAACCGGAAUCAAAAGUCCCCAACGGAAUUACCGUGGAGAGCCUAACAGCGGAGUAUGCCGAGCGUGCAGCGGUCGUUGUAAGACAUCCUAUCAAGUUCGCCUCAGAACCGGCCAAAUUCGUUGUUUCGACGGACGUUAUUAUGGAUGGAUUAGAAGCACACGGAGGUGCAUAUCGUGGGUAUAGUGACACGGCGUACCGCAUGCAACAACAAAUGCUCUAUCAGAGGACCUUGGAACAGAUCGCAGCUGAUGUAGAAUCCCUCCGAACCGAGGAGUGGCUGAAUAGUCUGGAUCGCCAACCCGUGGUGCUCCCUUCGUGGCUGCACUUGCAGGUCACGAUUCUCCCGUCACCAAAGGUAAAUCAAGUGGUAGAGGAACCGGAGAAAGAAUUUGUGCGUCGAGUGCUGCAGCUCGUUGAGAGGUGUGGGGCGGAUCCGACCUUGUUAUCGGGUUUCAAGCUCCUGGAAGAGGUGAUGGGAAGUCCUCAAGGCGCAAAGAUAUUGUCCUGCGCCUUGCUCCUUGGAGAUGGGCCUACUAACGAACAUACCUCGUUGUAUGGUACGUUGAGAAUCCAGCUGGCCCAAAUUAUGGUUUCACGUCUCGAUUCAGCUGAGCUGGAGCUUAACGAUGAAGUCAAGGCCAUGUUGAGGAAGUGGAAGGCAAGUCCUAGUGAAUAUGUCCCAAGGGUUGGAUGGAGGUUUGAUAAUGCGUUGUCCUGA